AUGGGAUUCAAAGUUCCAUCACAGGCUGAUGUCCAAAGAGUUUUGGACUUGACAAAAAUUAUUCUUCCAUUCCCAAUUGUCAUCUUCAUCAUUGUAUGCUUCCUCAGAAUGAAUGAAGUUCAGAAAACUUUUACAUUCUUGAUCAUCCUCAUUACAAUUUUCCAUGGUAUUAAGAUUUAUGACACAAUCAACACAAGCAAGAUCGUUUCUGAUCCACUUUACAAGCGUAUUUGGCUUUCAUUCGAUCUUCACUUCUUGAUUUUCGUUUUUGCUGUCAACAUCUCUGGCCUUCGUCCAAUCCUCUUCUUCAUUGACAUCCUCGUUAUCGAAAUAUUGAACUUUAUCCGCGUUAUUCGCAAUCAGCUUGCUCCACGCCUUGGAGACCUUAAGCAGCAGGUCACAGAUGCUUGUGAUGCAUGCAUUUCCAACCAGCUCAUCCAGAAGUGCCGUGCUUGCAUUGAAAUCUUACUUAUUCCUUAUUUCUUCUUUGCCUCCAUCUUCACAUUAAGAUCCGAAGUCUUCAUUGCAUUCCUCUUCUACUUCUUAGGAUUUGCUGCCUUCCAGCUUGUCGCUGAAUACUUCCACAAGUGGGCAUGGCAUCAAGUUCGCGAGCUUCUUGUCAAGUACGCCGUUAAGUACGUCCCAGAAAACAACAAGAUCAAGGUCCUCAACAUCUUGGACGACAUGAAGGUCAUCCCAGACUACGUCAGAAAAGUUUAUCCAGUUCCAGAGAGCUUCGCAGAUACAAUUAAGAUCCACUUCGACUAA